CGCUCGGGAAAGGGGCGGGGAGAACGGAGGCCGGGAAGGCGAUUCUCGAGGCGCGGGGCGCGGGGACGCAGUUCGUAACCUUUACUUGAGUGGGGGGUCUGGCGUGCCUUUUGCGCACCCUUUUCCUAGUCCUUCCCUUCCCUUGGGACUGAAGGUCGCGGAUCGCAGCCUGUAUUUGGGCUGCUCAGCGAACUCUUGAGUGAGCUGGCGGAGUGGGCCGCGCCCGGAGGGCACCUUGGAGCGCAGAGGGUAUGCGCCGUGGAAACGGCGAAGGGGGCGGUGGAGGGUGCACAGCAUGGCUGAAAACCGAGAGCCCCGCGGGGCAGUCGACGCUGAGCUGGACCCGGUGGAGUACACCCUUCGGAAAAGGCUUCCCCACCGUCUGCCCCGGAGGCCCAAUGACAUUUAUGUCAACAUGAAGACUGACUUUAAGGCCCAGCUGGCCCGCUGCCAGAAGCUGCUGGACGGAGGGACACGGGGUCAGAAUGCAUGCACUGAGAUCUACAUUCACGGUUUGGGCCUGGCCAUCAACCGCGCCAUCAACAUUGCCCUGCAGCUGCAGGCAGGCAGCUUCGGGUCGUUGCAGGUGGCAGCCAACACCUCCACUGUGGAGCUUGUGGAUGAACUGGAACCAGAAACUGACACAAGAGAGCCACUGACCCGAAUCCGCAACAACUCGGCCAUCCACAUCCGAGUCUUCAGGGUCACACCCAAGUAAUUGAAAUGAAGCUGGCCCCUCUUAUUUAUCUCCCCCUCCCGCCACCACCUCAGGUAGCCCCAGAUGUGGCUGUCUUGACUUGGCUCUGUCACAGAUGACUGCUAGAGCCCUGUAAGAACAGACCUGUGAAGCUGGGUUGGUGGUGCACUUCUAUAAUCCCAGAGACUCAGGAGGCUGAGGCAGGAGGAUGGAAGGUUCAAAGCCAGCCUCAGCAACUUAGUGAGACUCUGUCUCAAAAUUUAAAAAAAGGGCUGGGAAUGUGGCUCAGUGGUUAAGCACCGCUGCUGGGUUGUUCCUGGUGCCAAAAAAAAAAAAAAAAGAAACAGGCCUGGUCCCUCAGCCUAAGGACUCUGAAUUGAGGGCAGGAAGAUGUACUGUCUCUUUUUGGCCUCAAACAGUGGCCCUUUCUUGUCCUAUACAAUAAAAAGUGCAAGUUGUGUUGGUGCCCUGCCACUCAACUGCUACUACUUC